AUGGAUCAGGUAGUCGUUGUCAACGCGACCCACCGCACCUUGUUGCAGGAGGGUUGGCGCAACUGGCCCUACUCAUGUGGUCGACCGGCGCCCGACCUCGACAUCCCCAUUGUCUGUACCGCCGGCAGCAACGUCGUCGCCACUCCUGCCAACAACCGCGGAUACUUGGAGAGCGCGGGACGAGACUUUGAAACCUUCAAGCACUGCUGUCCGCCCAUCGACAACCUCACAAACCUGUACUCGACGCAGGACGAGUGCCGGAUGAGCUUCUGCUUCACCCACCAGCCAAGCGUCGUGACCAACUGGAGCAGGUGUGUGGAGAACGCGGCGGGGAAGAGGAUGAGCGAGUUGCAAGCCGAAGGCAAGAUUUUCAACUUCUCCAAAGAUGCGUUCCGCGGACAGUGUGAAUGGAUCGAUUACGAGGCUUUCAGGAAUGCGCUUUCAUACAACCAUUCGGGAAACGACUCUGGGUCGGCAUCGGUUGAAAGGGGUAGUGGAUGGCUUGUACUCACUGGGAUAUUGGCUAGUGUACUUGCUGUCUGUUUUCUUCCAUAA